AGGAAGCUCCAUCUUCCUCACACCAACAAUAUCAUUCUAAAAUUUCCUAUCUUUGAAGACUUGAUUUCCUAUUUGUUUUCAAUCCAAUGGCGGAAGCAAUCGUUUCCAGCAUUGCAGAAGGGAUUAUUACGCAGUUGGGUAAAGCUGCUGUCAAAGAGAUUGCUUUGCUCUGGGGUGUUGAAGAUGAGCUUCAGCAACUUGAAGACACCAUUUCAACUAUCAAAAAUGUACUUGCUGAUGCAGAAAAAAAACAAGUGCAGCAACAACAAAUCAAAACAUGGCUCGAGAAGCUGGAAGAUGCAGUUUAUGAAGCUGAUGACCUGGUCGACGAGUUCUCUACUGAAGCUUUGAGACGACAAGUGAUGACUGGAAAUACAAUGGCCAAGCAGGUACGAAUUUUCUGUUCGUCUUCAAACCAAUUUGCUUUUCGGCACAAGAUGGCUAAAAACAUAAGAGAUCUUAGGAAAAAACUAGAUAAAAUUGCUGAUGAUAGGAAGUUCCACUUAGAGAUGAGUCUUCAAGAUACUCAAGUAGUGACUGGAGUAAAACCUCCCACAAUUCGGGAGGAAGAUGUUAUUGGAAGAGAUUGAGAAAAUGGCAAUCGUGAAACUUUUGUUUGAUACAAAAGUUGAGGAAAGCAUAGGUGUAAUUCCCAUAGUUGGUGUUGGAGGUUUGGGAAAAACCACACUUGCUCAACUAGUUAUCAAUGAUCCACAAGUUAAACACCACUUUAAGCUAAUUACAUGGGUGAAUGUACCCAAGGUUUUUGAUGUGGAGUUAGUUGCUAAGGAGAUUAUUAAGUCUGGAGUAAAAGAUGGGAGGUCAACUGAAAAUAUCCCAUUUCAUCAAUUGAUAGAAGAAGUUCGAGAAAAAAUUAAAGGAAAGAAAUACCUUAUGGUACUUGAUGAUGUAUGGGAAAUUAAAAGUCGUGAAAAAUGGUUGGAGUUAGAAAACUUGUUAAGGGACGGUGCAGUUGGAAGUAGAAUUAUAGUAACCACACGUGAUAAAAUGGUUGCACACAUUAUUAAUGGCCCAAAAGAAUCAACUUACUUUUUGGGGACCUUAGAUGAGAAGAAGUCAUGGUCUUUGUUUAAAAAUUUGGCUUUCAUUCAAGGACAAGAGCCAGACAAUCCUAACCAUGUAGAAAUUGGAAAGGAAAUUAUGAAGAAGUGUGGAGGAAUUCCUCUAGUUAUAAGAACAAUCGCAAGUUUGCUGUAUAGUUUAAAUGUUGAAGAGUGGUCGUCUUUCAAAGAAAAUGAACUAUCAGCAAUAUCCCAGUAUGAUGAAGAUAUUAUACCUAGACUUAAGUUGAGCUAUGAUCAUCUCCCAUCCCAUUUGAAAAAUUGUUUUAGCUAUUGUAGCUUGUUUCCAAAAAAUCAUGUUUUUAAUGUGCAAAAACUAAUCAAACUUUGGAUGGCUCAAGGAUUUAUCAAAUCAUCAAACUUGCACCCAUGUUUGGAAGACAUAGGUUAUAAACAUUUUAAGGAUUUACUUUAUAGAUCCUUUUUUGAAGAAGUUGAAGUUGAUGAUUGUUUUAAUGUAACAAAAUGCAAGAUGCAUGAUUGCAUGCAUGAUGUUGCAAUGUCAGUGGCAGGAAGAAAAUCUCUUCUAUUAAGUUUGAAUGAUGAAAGAAUUGAUGAAAGAAUUCGUCAUGUAUCAUUCAAUUUUUAUUUCGAUUCACUACAACAAUUUCCAUCUUUGUUGGUUAAGACAAAAAGAAUUCGAACAUUUCUUUUGAAUGAUCGAUAUUAUUCAUCAACUAGGAGAUUGGAGAAAUCAAUUCUGGAUUUCAAGUUGCUACGCACUUUGGAUCUACAUAAUGCAGGUCUUGAGAUAAUACCUAAAUCUGUUGGUAAAUUGAAGCAUCUUAGGUAUCUUGACCUUUCAUAUAAUGACAUGGUGAUGUUGCCCAAUUCUAUUGCAAGGUUGCAAAAUUUGCAAACUCUAAAGCUGACCUCUUGUGAUUAUCUUCGAGCAUUACCAAGAGAUAUUACAAAACUAGUCAACCUUCGACAUCUGAAUACUAAAGAUUGUAAGAGUUUGACUCAUAUGCCACGUGGACUAGGUCAACUAACUAAUCUUCAGACGUUGCCACUCUUCCAAUUAAAGUUGGAUGGUGCUUUUGAUUCUAGACAUGUUGGCAAUUUAAAUGAACUUGAGAAUUUGAACAGCUUGAGAGGAAAUCUGGAAAUUGUAGUGAAGAAAGACAGGAUAGAAUGUCAAGGUGCAAAUUUGAAGGAUAAACAACAUCUUAAAUCCUUAAAACUAUAUAUUGAGGGAGAAAUGGUGGAUGGUUGUGAAGAUCUGGUGCCACAUCCAAAUAUCAAAGUAUUGAAAUUAAUUGCUCCUUAUGUAGGUGUUGGGUUGUUAAAUUGUAUCUCCUCACUUCAUAAUCUUGUCGAACUUGAGUUAUGGGGACAUAAGGAAUGCCGUUAUGUGGCAGCCUUGAGCCAUCUCCCAAAUCUUAAAGUCGUGCACAUAAGAAAUUUGCCAGUUGUGGAGUACAUUUCGAUGGAAAAAUAUGACAAUAUUGUUGAUGGAUCAUCUUCACCAUUCUUUCCAUCCCUACGAAGUCUUUGGCUUGAUGAUAUGCCUAAUCUAAAAGGAUGGUGGAAAGUAGAUGAUGAUGUCGAUGUUGAGAACAAAAGAACACUGCCUUUCUUUCCCUGUCUUUCUCAAUUGUCAAUUAGCGAUUGUCCCGACCUAACCUCCAUGCCUACUUUCCCAUUUCUACAAGAAAGUCUCCAUCUAGAAGACACAAGCAUAAAAGUAUUGCAAGAAACAUUAAUGUUGGAGACAAAUGCCGUUGAUUCAUGCUCCACCUUCCUUCCUCUCUCCAAUUUGAAAGCACUGUAUAUUGCAUGCAUUGAGGAUCUGCAGCAUUUUCCAGAGGGAUUCAAAAACCUCACUUCUCUCAAGCAACUGACGAUUACAGAAUGUUCAAAUUUGCAAUCUUUAGCUCCAGGUAUUCAUCAUCUCACCUCACUUCAACAACUAGAUGUGAAUAAUUGCGACGAGCUGGAUAUGCCAACUGUUGGAAGUGAUGAUGCAAUUCGGUGGCAGCAUCUUCAAAGCCUCUCUGAGUUGACCUUUUAUGAACUUCCAAAACUAGUUGCUCUCCCUCAAGGGCUUCAACAAGUUACUAGCCUCCGAUAUAUCGAAAUUUCUCGAUGUGAGAAUUUGGAGGAUGUACUACAACAAAUGAGCAACCUCAAAUCAUUAAAGGAAUUAUCUGUUAAGGACUGCCCCAAAUUGAAGUCGCUGCCUGAAGGAAUUGAUUGCCUCACAUCUUUACAGGGACUGACAAUUUAUGAUUGUCCCAUUUUAUUGGAAAGAUGCCGGGAGGAUACUGGAGAUUAUUGGCCUAAGAUUUCCCACAUCGAAUUGCUGGAUUUGUCGAUAUGAUUACACAAAGGAGGCUAAUACUGAUAUUAGCAAGGUUCGGAGACAGAGGACGGAGUUUUGAUAAGUCGUCAAGAAGCAGAAUUCUAUUACUGGAGAGGACUAUGAAUUCAUGGCGACAAAUUGCUUCCUUGUUGAAGAUAUAAAGUUGGAAAUUAAUCAAUUAAGAUCACACCUUGGUUUACCAAACAAUAAUAAUGAGUACCAGUACAGAGAGAUUUUAUAUUGGAGGGUCCUUAAAAACCUCCACUCAUUCAAAAUUAUGUCAAAACAACAAGAUUCAGAUUAAGAAGUUAUUCUGGGUUGCUGUUUAAGGAUAUGAUUCACAUUAAUCCUCUACUUGUUCAGUACCAUCCCUGAAAAGAAGUAAUUCUUCAGCACAUGUGUUUUCUUAUUCAGGUUGAUAAAAUUGUUGAGGGCUAGAGGUACUCAAGAGGCUCAAUGAGAACAGAUAAUUAAAAAAACAAAAAACCAAAAAAAAAAAUAAAAAAACCAAAAUAAAAAAAUAAAAAAGAAAAAGAGUCUGUGCCUCUUUAGCGUCAAUUAUCAGCCUCGGCUAACUUUUGUGGUGGCUCAGAAGCUUCUUCAUACAACCACAAUACAGUUGACCUGGUACUGUUGUAGAGACGAAAAUUUGUCAUCCAACGGAGUUUGAUUUCUGUUCCUGCAACCAUGCUGGAAUUCAGGCAU